CAGUAAUUGAAGUGCAUCAUGUUUUUUUUAAGGGAGGGGGUUAUUGUAUCUAUUGGUUUCGUAGAUAGUCGUAUUCAUUUGAUUUGAUAGCCAGAUUGUUCAGGUAAAAUAAGCGAGUGCUGUCCUAGCUAGCUAAUGUAUUACUGACGACCUGACGGGACCACCAACACUGCCAAGAAGCUUUUACUCGUUGAUACUGUUUUGUUGUUGUUGUAACUGUUCAUUAAGGCACUCUGGCACUCGGAAUCGUUCAUGCAUUUAGAGAUACGUUUGUAUGUAAUUUAUACGUUGCUUGUGCUAGCAUAGGUUCCCUAGCUGUUAAAAGGUUGAGCUCAAACAUCCAUUGACGAGGGCAUUCGCACCUCCAAGAAGAAUGUCCCAUUGUCAUUGAGGAUGGGUGGGAGUGGAUCGAAAGCCAAAGGUGUGUGGCCCUUUGGUGGGUCAGGGGCUGCAGGCGACGCUGCUAGUGAAGUCAUUGACCAGUCUUUGGCACGACAACGGGGAUUAAAGAAUGCCACCCCAUUCGUCUUUACCAGGAGGAGUUCUCUGUACUAUGACGAGGAUGGUGACCUGGCCCAUGAGUUUUAUGAGGAGACCGUGGUGACGAAGAAUGGCCGUAAGAAAGCCAAACUCAAGAGGAUUCAGAAAAAUCUCAUACCUCAGGGAAUUGUGAGGUUGGCUCACCCAUGCAUCCACGUCGACUUCCCUGUUGUCCUCUGUGAGGCGUAACUCGUGCAGAUCUGGAACAUUCUCGGAGAUUGCGCUUUUCUAAAGUGUCGUGCAGCACCCAGCAUCCUCUCCCCCUGUCCGACCUGAGUCUCACAAACCUCCACAAAGUCUCCAUUCUCACACCACUUGUUCCUCUGAGAGGACCAGACUGCCUUCUUGUGGCGGGGAGGAGCAGCUACACUCAAGGAGAUUUGGAAAAAUGCUAACCUCCAUGCAGCACCAUGUAGAGGUCACAAGCAGGCAGGGCUGAUCUGUGAUUUGGUCUACAGGUAGACCGUAGAUUAAUGUUCUCCGGUCUUUGAAGAUGUACCGAAGUAAGUGUGUGUGUGUGUUUGUGACUGUUGGGUACUGAUAUGGACAGUGUGUGUGUGGAGGGGUUGAGGAAAGGUCUGCUCCCCCUAUUUCUCUGUAUGUCAGCCAAGUGCAGCAUGUCCUUGUUGAAAUAUGAUGAUGACAGAAUUGAGGUUUUCUUUAGUAUUUCAACUAUGCUCAGACCUGCACUUGUAGUGUUGUUGUAAGUAAAGGAAUUAUUCCAUAGAUAAGUGUAGCAAAGUGACUUAACUGCACAUGUCUAUGGGUUGGACAUACUUGAAUAAAAUGACUUAUUGGACUACAAA